CGUAAACUGUCAUUGACAAACGAAUGAAUCACUUGCACAAGGUACUUGUCCCGUUCAGUUGCCGCAACUAGUAAAAUUCGGUUCGCUGUCAUUCUCUAUCAUCUGGCCUAAGCUGAUCUCGGUUAAGUCAGCGGACUAUUUGUAGAUCAAAUGUUAUUUUAGGACGGACCGAGGACAAGAAAGAAGAUCAGGACGAGACGAGAGUAACUUGAGGAAUGGCUGCAUCUAAAUGUACGAGGCUGAGCAGUGCGCUGAGCAGACAGUUGCUGGACUCGGUGGACAGUGUGCUGUUUGACUGCGAUGGAGUGAUAUGGCGAGGGGACCAGGCCGUCCCCGGAGCCCCUGAGGUUAUCAAUUCAUUGAAGAAAAAUGGAAAGCGGGUGUUUUUUGUCACGAACAACAGCACGAAAACCCGACAAAUGUACGCGGAUAAAUUAGGCAAGCUCGGGUUCGAUGCCACCGCGGACGAGGUGUUCGGGACUGCGUACUGCUCGGCGAUGUAUCUAAAAAAUGAGUGUAAACUCGAAGGAAAAGUUUAUUUAAUUGGGAGCAAUGCGAUGAGGCAGGAGCUCGAGGAGGUGGGAAUCCAGCCGGUCGGUGUGGGGCCUGACCCCAUCUCCGGAGUUCAAAUCGACUGGGCGAAUGUUCCUCUCGACAAGGAGGUCCAAGCUGUACUCGUCGGAUUUGAUGAGCAUUUCAGUUACAUGAAGCUCAACAGAGCUCUGCAGUACUUGUGUAACCCCGACUGUCAGUUCGUGGGAACCAACACGGACACGAGGCUGCCUCUGGAGGGAGGCAAAGCGGUCCCGGGGACAGGGUGCCUCCUAAGGGCGGUAGAAACCGCUGCACAACGCCAAGCUCAAGUAGUGGGAAAACCCAGCAACUUCAUGUUCGAGUGUGUGGCCAGCCAGUUUGAUCUGGACCCUCAGAGGUGUCUGAUGGUCGGAGAUAGACUGGACACGGACAUCAUGCUCGGUUCAAACUGCGGCCUGAAGACCCUGCUGACCCUUACAGGAGUUUCUACUGUUGCUGAAGCCGAGGCAAACCAGAAGAGCGAAUGCCCACAUCGGCAAAAAAUGGUUCCUGACUACUAUGUAGACAGCAUUGCUGAUAUUUUACCUGCACUACAGGCAUAGUCAGAAUUUACUUGAGAUUUACCCACUUUAGUAGAGAAUAUUUAUCAAUAUAUGGGUAUCAGUAUGGAACAAAAUAAUCUAUUUUAAUAUUACAGUUAAUCUAAAUGAGUCUAACGGAAAUUGUAUGGUUUUUUGUUGUUGUUUUUAAACAAAUAUGCAGUAUAAUUUACUAUCAAGGCUUCAUUUCAAACUAGCCUACCUCUUUUUUGAAUAUCCUACUGUUUUUAAAGGUAAUAUAAGGGCUAUAAGUUUUUAUUUCAGUGUUAUUGUUUGUUUCAUUGUGUUUUUGUCUAAAAAUUUAAAAAUGUCUAAUAAUUUGUGAAAUUUGUUGUGUUUUCUAGUUAGUCACACUCGGGUACUACACAAAACAAAUGACCCUCAAAAUUGUGCUGUUUGUUUUUAUUUUAUCACUUCUUCAACUCUGUACUGUUAAUUCACUGUACUUGUAACAUGAGUGAGAGAAUAUUAUAAAUAUAUUUGCAAUUAUUAUAUUUUGCACUUGACAACUUUGUCAUCACUCACUGUCCCAUCAACCUGGUAGGAUUUUACUUCUCACCACGGUUUGAACAAAGUGUUCAUCUUACACGAUUGAUCAAAUAAAUAAGAAUUAUUAAUGAAAA